AUGGCGCGUAAUAAACCUAAUCAAAUAAUUAGCGAUUUUAUUGAAAUGUAUCGAUCGGAACCUUGUCUUUGGCAAGUAAAGAGUCAUGAUUAUCAUGACCGUAUGAAAAGAGAUGAUGCAUAUACCAAAUUAGCAAAAAAAGUGGACGAAAUUGAACCUGGUGCUACGAAGAAAUCUGUUAUUAAUAAAGUGAACAGUUUGAGAUCUGCUUUUCGCAAAGAGAAAAAGAAAGUUGAAGCGUCAAAGAAGUCUGGAUCAUCAGCGGAUAGCAUUUACAAGCAGGCACUCUGGUAUUACGACUUGUUUGAUUUCUUUCAAGACCAAGACACUCCGAAGACAUCAAUUUCAAAUCUGGACAGUGAAGGUGAGGAGGAAUCCAUCGAUAAUUCACUACCAGUAGAAGAAAUUAUGAAUGCUGAUGUUGAAGACUCUAUAUCAAAAACUGCAGAUAUUCAAGACGUAUCAACAAUACAAACAAAACUACCAAUAAUUUCAAGACCUGGUACUGGUAAAAGAAAGAAGAUAAAUGAUGACCUAACAGCAGAAGUACUGACUACUGUGCGUGACCAUUUCAAAACACCCCCGGAACAAUUUGAUCGUUAUGAUCUGUUAGGCAAAAGUAUUGCCGUAAAGUUGAGAGGUCUUGAAAAACGGCAAGCCCUCAUGGCGGAGAAAAAGAUAGGUGACAUACUGUUUGAGGCUGAAAUGGGCUGUUUAAACACACAGUCAAUUUAUUAUUCUAAUUCAUCAGCAAGUCAUAGCCCUAAUAUUACCCCAUGUCCCACACCGUCUCCAACAUAUGGGCAAGGUUCAUUUGCACCUAUACAUAAUGACGGAACUGGAUACCCGUUCAAUUCUCAGGAUACAACAUCCUCGUUUUUUUCUCAAUUUAAUUCUAAUUCAUAG